GCCCGUCGCAGGCCAACCCCCCACCCCAACUCUCCCUGUUUUUUCUUCUGUUGUCGGAAUGAAUCAAGUUAACAAGAGCAAAUUUACCUUCCAGAGGGCUGAGCCGUUUUAUCAAAAGCUCUUGUAUCUAGGUUCGAACAAAGCUAUCACAUAAUUCCAGCAACCUGACUCCAAGAUCCAUUUCAAAUUUUGAGCUCCAAGCUUCAGUGACUAGAACUUCGAAAAUGGAUUUGGAACCAAAGAAACAUGAAAUAUGCAACAGCCACAGGAAGAAACAUUACCAAGGUCCUCGUUGCAAACAGAGGAGAAAUUGCCUGCAGGGUGAUGCGGACAGCCAAGAAAAUGGGUGUGCAGACCGUGGCUGUCUACAGUGAGGCCGACCGGAAUGCCAGGCAUGUGAAUAUGGCAGAUGAAGCCUACUGCAUCGGCCCCGCCCCCUCCCAGCAGAGCUACCUCUCUAUGGAGAAAAUCAUCCAAGUGGCCAAAACCUCUGCUGCACAGGCUAUCCAUCCAGGAUAUGGCUUUCUUUCAGAAAAUACGGAAUUUGCCGAACUUUGUAAACAAGAAGGAAUUAUUUUUAUAGGUCCUCCUUCAUCGGCAAUCAGAGACAUGGGUAUAAAGAGCACGUCCAAAGCCCUCAUGGCCAAGGCUGGGGUACCUGUUGUGGAAGGUUACCAUGGUGAGGACCAGUCCGACCAGUGCCUGCGUGAGCAUGCAGGGAGGAUCGGCUAUCCCGUCAUGAUUAAAGCCAUCCGAGGCGGAGGAGGAAAGGGAAUGAGGAUUGUUAGCUCAGAAAAGGAAUUUCAAGAACAAUUAGAAUCUGCGCGGAGAGAAGCUAAGAAGGCUUUCAAUGAUGAUGCUAUGCUGAUCGAGAAGUUUGUGGACACACCAAGGCACGUGGAAGUCCAGGUGUUCGGCGAUCACCAUGGCAACGCCGUGUACCUGUUUGAGCGGGACUGCAGCGUGCAGAGGCGGCACCAGAAGGUCAUCGAGGAGGCCCCCGCGCCUGGUAUCAAGCCUGAAGUACGAAGAAAGCUUGGAGAGGCUGCCGUCAGAGCUGCUAAAGCUGUGAAUUAUGUUGGAGCAGGCACGGUGGAGUUUAUUAUGGAUUCACAGCACAACUUCUACUUCAUGGAGAUGAACACGAGACUGCAGGUGGAGCACCCUGUCACUGAGAUGGUCACGGGGACCGACCUGGUGGAGUGGCAGCUCAGGGUUGCAGCGGGAGAGAAGAUUCCUUUGAGUCAGGAAGAAAUUCCUCUGCUGGGCCACGCCUUUGAGGCUAGAAUUUAUGCCGAGGACCCUGAAAAUAACUUUAUGCCGAGGGCCGGACCAUUGGUUCAUCUCUCUACCCCUCAUGCAGACCUUUCCACCAGGAUUGAAACUGGGGUACGGCAAGGAGAUGACAUUUCUGUCCAUUAUGACCCCAUGAUCGCAAAGCUGGUCGUGUGGGCUGCAGACCGCCAGGCCGCCCUAACGAAACUGAGGUACAGCCUGCGUCAGUUCAACAUUGUCGGCCUGCACACCAAUGUUGACUUCCUGCUCCACCUGGCCGCACACCCGGCCUUUGCCGCUGGGGCUGUGCACACCGAUUUCAUUGCCCAGCACCACGAGGAGCUGCUGCCCAGCAGGAGGGCGGUGGCCAGCGAGUAUCUGUGCCAGGCUGCACUUGGCCUCAUCCUCAGGGAGAAGGCUGCCACCGAGGCUUUCACACUUGAGACACAAGAUCCAGUCUCUCCAUUUUCAUUCAGCAGCGGGAGAAGACUGAACAUGUGUUACACCAGAAACUUGACUCUGAGAGAUGGUAAUAGAAAUGUGGCCAUAGCUGUGACUUACAACCACGAUGGGUCCUACAGCAUGCAGAUUGAGGGCGAGACCUUCCGGGUGCUCGGGGCUCUUGACCAGGAGGGAGACUGCGCCCGCCUGAGCAGCUCCGUGAACGGCGUGGUCAGAAGCGCGAAGCUGGUGACCCUGGGCAGCACCAUCCACCUGUUUUCCACGGAAGGAAGUGUUGAGGUUGAGGUGCCCGUGCCCAGGUACCUGUUCCCAGCGAGCGCAGAAGGACCUCAGGGAGGCACCAUAGCGCCUAUGACCGGAACCAUCGAAAAGGUAUUUGUGAAAGCUGGAGACAAAGUAAAAGCUGGAGAUUCUCUGAUGGUUAUGAUCGCCAUGAAGAUGGAGCAUACCAUCAGGGCUCCCCAGGCCGGUACAAUAAAGAAGGUGCUCUACACGGAGGGCUCCCAGGCUGACAGACACUCUCGACUGGUUGAAUUCGAGGAGGAAGAAUGUGACAAAAGGCAAUCAGAAUAAACCUCAUUGCAGACAUGGCCAGCUGUGCAGAAUCUUCUCUAUGCCGAAACUGGGUGAUGCCUCCACCUUCCCUCGGCCUCCUCCAGAGCAGGUGUGCCACACAGACAACCAUAUGAGUGGGCUGAAACCCGUCACAUAGGAGAAUCAUGUGCGCGGGCCCCAGUGCAACACUAAAUUAUCUCACGGGAUUUCGUCUUAAUAAAAUGGAAUUCUACUUUUUCAUUA